AUGUCGAGCGACUCCAGGAAGCAGCCUUCGAAGAAGGCACUGUUCGACCCCGCGUCCUUCGUGAAGGACCUGCUGGCCGGCGGCGUCGCGGCCGCCGUGUCGAAGACAGCCGUGGCCCCCAUCGAGCGAGUGAAGCUGCUGCUGCAGGUGCAGGCAUCCUCCAAGCAGAUCAGCCCCGAGGCGCGCUACAAGGGCAUGGUGGACUGCCUGGUGCGCAUUCCGCGUGAGCAGGGUGCGUUUUUAAGUUAUUGGCGUGGCAAUUUCGCAAAUGUUAUUCGAUAUUUUCCAACACAAGCUUUAAAUUUCGCUUUUAAGGACAAAUACAAACAACUAUUCAUGUCUGGAGUUAAUAAAGAAAAACAGUUCUGGAGGUGGUUUCUAGCAAACCUGGCUUCUGGAGGGGCUGCUGGAGCAACAGCUUGUGUGGGUAUAUCCACUAGAUUUGCCAACCGAUUAGGUGUUGAUAUUGGAAAAGGUCCCGAGCAACGGCAAUUCAAGGGGUUAGGUGACUGCAUCAUGAAAAUAGCAAAGUCAGAUGGAAUUAUUGGUCUAUACCAAGGGUUUGGUGUCUCCGUUCAGGGUAUCAUUGUUUACCGAGCCUCUUAUUUUGGAGCUUAUGACACCGUUAAGGGCUUAUUGCCAAAGCCGAAGGAAACCCCGUUUCUUGUCUCUUUCAUCAUUGCUCAAAUCGUGACGACCUGUUCUGGAAUUCUCUCCUAUCCCUUUGACACGGUCAGAAGACGUAUGAUGAUGCAGAGCGGUGAGUCUGAACGGCAGUAUAAAGGAACCUUAGACUGCUUUAUGAAAAUAUACCAACAUGAAGGAACAGCUGCAUUCUUCCGUGGUGCCUUCUCCAACAUUCUUCGUGGUACAGGAGGUGCCUUGGUGUUGGUGCUAUACGAUAAAAUCAAAGAAUUCCUCAACAUUGAUAUUGGAGGUAGUUCAUCAGGAGAUUAA